AUGGUCGCUUUAACUCACCAGCCACGGUGGAUGAGGCCGUUCAUUGAGGAGCCCAAAGUCGACAUCGAGGUUCAACCACAGAAGAAGCGAAGCCUACCAUGGGUGGCAAUUCUUCUAUUAGUCCUCGCGCUCACUGGUUUUGUGCUCCAGGCUCUCGUUAUAAUUCGGUCGCCUUCCAUUUUGUUAGCAGUUGCUGCCUUCUACCUCAUAUUGUUCAGACCACGAACGGCUUCGAUAUUCCUGUUCGUACUCUACACGGCUCUUUUCGUUGUGCAAGUGGCACUGCUAGUCCCUCGUUGGGACUUCAAAAUCUUCAAUGCCGCCGUCGCGAUUUAUCUCGCCAACAUUGGCAUCACGCUCAUCAGCAUAGUCGCUAUUGUCAAUUUGCCACUUCGGGAUCCUGCUUUGCCACGCGAAGGUAUCAGUCCAGCAUACACGCCACCAACAUCAGAUCUCAGAACUCCAGAGGAUGACCUUACCUUGUGGCAAUGGAUGUCUGUGUCUUGGAUGUCUCCGCUUAUCUCUGUUGGCAAGAAAAGACAAUUGAACGAGGAGGAUGUCUGGUUCCUGGGCUUUGAGUUUCAGCAUCGCCAGCUUCAUGAUGCUUUCCGUGAACUUCACGGAACUGUUGUCAGGCGCUUGCUUCGCGCAAACUGGCAUGAUAUGGCCAUACUCACGAUCCUAGCACUCUUGGAGCUGGCAGCCAACUAUUCCGCGCCGAUACUCUUGCAGCAGCUGCUCAAGGCGAUGGGAAACUUGAAAUACGAAAUUAAGCCCGCAGUCACAUGGGCGCUAUCCAUACUCGUUGUGAGACUGGUUGCCGCGCAAAGUGACGUCUUCAGUCUCUGGUACGGCAGGCGUGCAUAUGAGCGGUCCAGAGGAGAGAUGAUCACGAUGCUGUUUGAGAAGACGCUCAACAGAAAGAUCGUUGCGACGAUCGAAGACAAGGAACAGAAGGAGAAUGAGACAAGCUCGGACGAGGAGACAGAUGCUGACAAUACACCCAAUGCAAACGGGUCCAGUGAGACGCAAGGGCUCUUGAACGGCCAGGAUGACAAGUCGGACGAAAAGCAGACAUUCUUGUCAAAGGUUCUGAAGCCUUUCAGACGUAGUAAGAGACCCGCCCCCAUGACCGAAGACAACGCUCCUGCCUCCAUGGGCAAGAUUCUCAAUUUGAUGCGUGGCGAUGUUUACGAGGUAAGUCAAAGAUUUUGGGAGUACCAACGGAUUAUCCAAAAACCUCUUGGCAUGAUACUAUCUUUGUGUCUGGUAUGGAAUCUUCUCGGUCCAUCUUGUCUGCUCGGCGUAGCUGUUGUACUUGUUGCCCAGGUUCUGAACGCCUUCCUCGCUCGCAUUCUCAUCAAGAAAGAACAGGCUCGUCGUAAAGCUACUGAUGCCAAACUGCAACAAGUUUCGGCUUACGUCGAAGCAAUUCGUCACUUGAGAUGGUACGGCUGGCAUCCUGUCUGGCUCGAGAAGAUCCUGGAAGCUAGACAGACUGAGCUUGAUUUGAAAAUUGUCACUUUCUUGUGGAACCUUUCCAUUAGAUUCGUCAACAUCUUAGGUAGUGGGCUGCUGCCAGUUGCCGCAUUUUACGGCUUCACAGCUCUGGCUGGUCACGAACUGCGCAUCGAUAUCGCAUUCCCGGCUCUUGAGCUGUUCAACAUGUUGCAGAGCGAUUUGAAGGAGAUCCCUGAUCUGAUCACGGUUUUCCUCAAUGCAGCAGUCGCUGUGGGACGAAUCGAAGCUUUCAUGCAAGAGCCGAACAAAACUGCAGAUGACAGCUCGGCAUCAACAUCAGACGGUAUGCUCGAGCUGAGGAACGCCACGUUCGCAUGGCCAGGACUUUCAAAAGAAGUUCUGCGCAACCUUACACUAUCUUUUCCACCUGGUCUGAACAUCGUCUUCGGUCAGGUUGCAGCGGGUAAAAGCGCCUUGCUUCAAGCUCUGCUUGGAGAGUUGGACCUACACGAUGGUGAAUUGAUCAAACCCGAUGCUCCCAUGGGCUACUGUGCUCAAACUCCUUGGCUGCAGAGUAUGAGUAUCCGCGACAACAUCCUGUUCUCGUCUCCGUACGACGACGCACGAUACAAGCAAACUCUCGAAGCUUGUGCUCUUACUGCUGAUCUUGCCAACUUCAAGCAUGGAGAUCUAUCCAAUAUUGGAGAGAAUGGUAUCGGCUUGUCCGGAGGUCAAAAAGCUAGAGUUGCAUUGGCUCGUGCAAUCUACAGUCGUGCCAAAAUUCUUCUACUCGAUGAUCCGCUGAGUGCACUUGACCAGCAGACUGCCGAACAGAUCGUUGCGAAAUGUUUCGGAGGACCGCUCGUCGAAGGUCGAACAGUUGUAUUAGUCACUCACCGUACAGAUUUGUGUAACGGCAUCGCCGAGCAGCUCAUCGAGAUCAUAGAUGGGAUAUCAGAGACACGCAGGGGCGAUUCGCUGCAACUAAGCCCGACCAAUUCUCGCACAGUUCAAAACCUCAUGAACGCGAAAGAUGUCAAAGUUGAUGAAGCACAAGAAUCUGCCGCCGUACCUGAUAAAUUCGAGGAAGAAGAACACCGAGCGCAUGGAGGAGUCAAGGCAGGAGUCUACUGGCAGUACAUCAAAGCUGGACGGCUACGAUGGUGGUUCCUUGUCGUUCUUUCUGCCAUCGUCUUCCGACUGCUCAUGGUGGCAGAGUCGUGGCUCUUCAAGGAAUGGGGAGAGGCUUAUGGAGAACCCGAGCAGGUGUACAGUCUGCAGAUUGUUCACGCCGCGCCUCAUAUUGCAUCGUGGAGCCCUAUCUCUCGCUUCUUCGCGCGUUUCCCGGAUCCAGGUGUCAACGUCUAUCCUUGGUUGAUCGCCUUCCUCGUCUUCAUCAUCGUCGAAUGCGUGGCCUAUCUGAUAUCGCAAAUCUUCAUGCUUGUUAUUACCUACACAGCCGGCAAAGGCAUGUUCAAGGACAUCAUGACAAAGGUCAGCAAUACCACGUUCCACUACUACGAUGUGGUACCGAUAGGACGUCUGAUGAACAGAAUGACUUCUGAUGUUGCCACCAUCGAUGGCAACAUCUCGAACCAAUUUUUGAUCGUGGCCUGGCAAGCAAUUGCUUGGGUGACAUCAAUAGCCGUUAUUGCUGGCGCCACGCCACUGUUUCUUGCCUUCUCUUUCAUUAUAACCUUGGCGUUCAUCUUUAUUUUCUUGCGUUUUCUACCCACGAGUCAGAGCUUACGACGCCUCGAGAUGACAUCUCUCAGUCCGCUCAUGUCGAACUUUGGCGCUUUGCUGAAUGGCCUCACGACGGUUCGAGCUUUCUGCGCUCAGUCUCAGUUCCAGGAUCGAGUGAUCGCUGUGACGGAUGCUUUUCAGGCUAUGGAUCACUUUUAUUGGUCUUUGCAAGCAUGGUUGAUGUACAGAUACGACAUUCUCUCGGCCUGCUCCACAUUCGUCAUGACUUUGUUGGCCAUCAACUCUGGCCUAUCUCCUGGAUUGACUGCCUUCGUCCUGGCCUCUGCCAGUAGAUUCGUGGUAGCGACUCAUGGCCUAUGCAGACAGUACGGCCAACUACAAUUGAACUUUGUUUCUGUGGAGCGCGUAGUCGAAUUACUGCAUCUCGAGCAAGAACCCGCCGGCGAGAUUGACCCUCCAGCCUCCUGGCCAUCUUACAACGACGACGUUGUCUUUGAGGACGUAACCAUGCGGUACGCACCUCAUCUCGACCCGGCUCUCUCUAGUGUAUCCUUUACGCUCAAAGGCGGCUCCAACACAGCAGUCAUUGGUCGCACAGGCUCAGGCAAAAGCACACUCGCACUCUCCCUCCUUGCUACCAUGGUCCCAGAGUCAGGAAGGAUCACCAUCGGUGGCAUCGAUAUCGCUAAAGUGAACAAACAAGCACUGCGCAACCGCAUCACUUUCCUUGCUCAAGAACCAGUGUUGUUCCCUGGCUCGCUUCGCCACAACUUGGAUCCUACAGAGCAACACAGCGACGACGAGUGUCUCACUGUAAUCUCACGCGUGUGCGGGUCUUACAACUGGACGCUCGACACCGUCAUCGACACAGGCGGCAAGAACCUAUCUCAGGGACAAAGACAAUUAGUCGGAUUGGCAAGAGCAGUGUUGAGGCGCAGUGCAAUUGUUAUCAUGGAUGAAGCUACGGCUAGUAUCGAUAAGGAAACUGCGUGGGAGAUUCAGAGAGUGUUGAGGGAGGAGAUGGCGCAGAGUACGGUGAUCACAAUCGCGCAUCGCCCAUCUGCGGUCAGGGGUGCCGAGUUUUGUCUUGUGCUUGGUAGUGGGAGGGUGAUUGAGCAGGGAAAGCCUGAGGAUGUUGAUGUUGGGGGAAGUACGGCGGUGGAUGUGAUAUGA